GCCAGCCCAACAACAAACGCUCGCGAAUCCGCGCCAGACAUCGCGAGAAACGCGGGUACAUCAACAAGAAGCCGGGUAGCAAAUCGACAAGUCACAACAUGUCCGGGGUACUGUUCGAAGACAUUUUCGACGUCAAGGACAUCGAUCCGGAGGGAAAGAAAUUCGACAGAGUUUCACGCCUCCACUGUGAGAGUGAAAGUUUCAAGAUGGAUCUCAUUCUGGAUGUGAAUACACAACUGUAUCCAGUGGAAUUUGGUGAUAAAUUCCGCCUUGUUCUGGCCACAACAUUAAGAGAGGAUGGUUACCCUGACGAUGGAGAGUACACGCCCCUUGACGACGGCACUCCCACCAGGGCGGACAGCUUUGAGUACGUUAUGUACGGCAUCGUGUACAGAAUUGAAGGGGAUGAGAGCACGACAGAGGCCGCAUCCAGACUGUCGGCCUACAUCUCUUACGGAGGUCUGCUGAUGAGGUUACAGGGUGACGCUAACAACCUACACGGCGUCGAACAAGACAUGCACGUUUACCUGCUCAUGAAGAAACUGGCAUUUUGAGGGUUUUUUUUUUUUUGCAAUCAGAAGUUUACUUUUCUGUUCUCCAAAUAAAACCCAGGCUUGUUAGGUUGCGUCUCAAAAGUUUGAACGGUCCUGUUCCGUAUGGAACAUUCCGUUUAGGAAAACUGUGCGUUCCCGUCGGGAACGCGCUGUCUUCCCAGCGUGUUCCCAACUGGAACAGGCUGUUCCUGAGCAAGCGUGCACGGGCAUAGACCAACGUUCCUACAUGUAUGCGGGAUCACCUAGCAUUCCCAGGCAGUUCCCAGUGAGAACAUAUUUUCCCAAUCAGAAUUCAGGCAGUGUUCACUGGUGGAAAGUUCUCUUCGUUUCGACUUUCUUUUUUUUAGGAAACGAAACCAAAAUCAAACUUGACAUUGAAUUUAUUUUCAGUAAUUUUUCUGGCUUUUUUAUUUUGAAAUUUCGAAAAUGUUUUGGGUAUUUUCUAAAAUGUUAAGAGGAUCUUAGGAUUAUGAAGUUGAGGAAAAGGGGAAAAUGUCUUCGUUUUUGGUUGGGGCAUUUAUUUCUUAAGUCAAUGAAUUUAAUUAUUUGUUUGGAGGAAAAGUAAACUUCUGGUGGGCCUACACCCCUGUUCCAAAUUGCUUUGGAAAUGGGGAGUUGUAAUAAUUUUUUUUAAUUAAUAACUUUAAUAUUAGACUUCUACCGAAGGAGAUGAUGAUAUUUUGGUUAUCGUUUACUAUAAAUUUUGAACUUUAUUUUCUCCUAAAAUACACGUACAGUGUAACAUAACAACAUUCCAGGAAUGUCAUUAUGAAGAUAGAGUUAUUGAAGAAAGUGUACUUUCAAAAAGAAUAUCAUCAAUGUAAUAAAUCCCUAAAAAAAUACCUGUCGCCCUUUUGUUCCAUGACAGCAGAUCAUUUCAAUUUGUUUCUGUCUUAUUUGUGACUCAAAUUUACAAAAUUAAACCUGAAAGAAAGGUUUGUCUUUUUGCAAUGGCUGUCCUCACGAAUUAAGAGGAGAAUGUGCUAUUAAUUUUGCUCCGUCGUUCAGACCUGCAACCUGGAAUUUCAGGAUUCUUACAGGUGUGAAACACUUAACAUAAUGUUGUUGUUCUUACUGCAAUGUGAAUUGGUCACUAAAUUAAACUUUUAUUAUUACAUGUAUUUAACUUAUAUUAUUAUUCACUGAUUAAAUGUCGUGCUCUCUUCAAACUUCAGUUGUCCUUAAUCUGAUCUCAUCAAGUUUUUUUCUUGAUUUAAAAAAAAUAGGUGGUUGUUUGUGUGAUAGUCUUAUGCUAGUUAAUUUGUUGAUCGUUGUGUUGUUUGUCUGUUCAGCAUUUCCUUUGUUUGUUUUGUUUUUUAGGAGAGACCAUUGAGGUUGUUUUAUAAAUUAUCUUUUGCUGUAUGCAUCCUUCCUACACUGGCAUUCAUCUUUUCAUGCAGUUGUACAUAAAUUUUGAACCAUGCACUAACUAAGUCUUGUUCCCAACACCAUGGCACACUGCCAGUUUGUCUGAUGAUCUCAACCUCGCGUGAUUCUCACGAAUUGUAAAUAGAUUUUCUUUUUAUUAAAGGUUGCCCUCCCGAGUGCACCUGAUUAUUCUUCCAACUUUUUUUUCUGAUCAAAAGGUUUGGCCGCUUUGAAGUGAAAGUAC